AUGCAUACGCUUGCCUAUGGCCUCACCCAUUUGUGCCGCUAUCUUUUAUUUCUCUCUCUCUCUCUCUCUGUCUCUCUCUCUCUCUUUGCCACUCUCUCUGUACUCCCCUUUUUAGCACACUCUCUCUCUCCUUCUGUGCCAACCUCUCCUCUCUCUCUUCUCCUUCUUUCUCUCUCCCUCCCCUGUGCCAUUUUUUCUUUCUGUAUGUGUUUGUAUGUAUCCUCCUCCACCAGUGCUAUUCUUCUAUAUCUUUUCUUUCCCCUCUCUCUCUCUCUUUCUCUCUCUGCCACUCUCUCUCUACUCCCCUUUUUCUUUCUGUUCUGUGCCAUUCUUUCUUCUAUCAUUUUUUCUUUCUCUCUCUCCGCUUUUCAACCCCUGUGCCAUUUUUCUUUCUGUAUGUGCUAUUCUUCUAUAUCAUUUUCUCUCUCUCUCUCUCUCUCUCUCUCUCUCUCUCAACUCUGUAGGACUUUCUUUCUCUUUGUCUGUCUCCCUUUAUGCCGUUCGUUCUCUCGUUUUGUUACAUUUCUAUCUCUCUCUCUCUUUCUCUCCUUACGUCAUUCUCGCUCUCUCCUUCUGUGUCACUUUAUCUUUCUCAGUAACACCAAUUCUUCAAUUUCUAUCUUUCUCUGUCAUUGUUUACCAGUGUCUCUCCCUCUGUGUCAUUCCCCGUUUCUCUCUCUAACGCAUACACACACUCUCUCUCUCUCUUAUUCUCUUCCUCUCUCUGACACACUCACACACCUUGUCUCUCUCUUUCUUUCUCCCCCAUCUCUCUCUUUUUCUCUGCCACAAUCUUCCUCCUUAGGCUCCCUCUCCCUCUCUCAACCGUCUGUUCUACUUACUGUCAUCCUUCUUUUGCCAGUCACUGUCUCUCGUUCACAGCUUAUUGAUAAUCAUUUUCUCCCUGUGUGUGUCUCUCUCUUUCCCACUGUACCAGUCUCUGUCGCUCUCUUUACUUAUGCUAUUCUCUCUCUCCCUCUAUCUAUCCUAUCUCCUCCUCAGUGCUACAAUCUCACCAUUUAUAGCACCCUCUCUCUGAGUGUCUCUCUCACCCUCAUUGCUACACUCUCACCAUCUAUUCCACCCAUCUCUCUGUCACUCACUCUCACUCUGUUUCUCUAUUUUUCUCUUUUCUUUUGUAGCAUUCGCUCUCUCUCUCUCUCUCUCUCUCUCUCUCUCUCUCUCUCUUUCUCUCUCUUUCUUUCUUUCUUAGUCCUACAUUAUCUAUACCGGUACCAGUGUCUCUCCCUCAGUCCUACAUUCUCUCAACCUGUACCACUAUAUCUCUCUUUCGCUCUGUAUUACUCUCUGUCUCUCCCUUUGUGCUAUUCUUCCUCUUUCUACUUCACUCUAUUACCAUCUCCCUCGGUGCUACUCUUUCCCUUUGUACAACUCUCACCCAUUUGUAUUCUCAUUUUCUCUCUCUCCCUCUGCCACCCCCUCUCUCUGUCUCUCUCUGUCUCUCUCUAUUUCCCCUUGCAGCACUCUCUCUCCUUUUUUGCCACCCUCUCCCUCUGUUUUAUUCUCUUCCUCUGUGACUCUCUCUUCCUUUUUCUUUCUCUGCUUCUCUAUCCCUCUGCCACUUUCUCUCCGUUUAAGUCUCUAUGUAUCACCUUCCAUGAGUGCUACUCUCCUAUAUCAUUUUCACUCUCUAUUCCUCCCCCUCAACUUUGUAGGAUUUUCUUUCUGUCUGACUGUCUCUCUUUAUGCUAUUCGUUCUCUCUUUUUGUGUCAUUUCUCUCUCUCUCUCUCUCUCUUUGCGUCUUCUGUGGCACUUUGUCUUUCUCAGUGAUAACCUCUCCCCAUUUGUACCACUAUCUCUUUAUAUCUCCUUUCCUCCUCACUCACUCCCUCUCUCACUAUCUGUCUCACUAUUUCUCCCUGUAUGCCACUCCCCGUCACUCUCCUUCUGAUGCAUACUAUGUAUCAAUCUUUCUCCUUCUGUACUACUCUCUCUCUCUCUCUCUUUCUCUCUUUCUACCUCUAAUUCAUAGCCCGUCUCUUGCUUUCUAUCUUUCAUAG